AUGCGGCCAAAGUUGGUACUCCCAGUCAGUCAGUCGGCGCUGGCGAUAAAUCUCGUCCCGGCACCGUCGACAGCACCAUUACGACGCGCCACGCUGCAUAAAUCGCCACGCCCGCCCCCGCGGCGGGGAGCGUUGUUCUCUGGCGCUGACACCGGCGUUGACGAGACGCGGCGUGUGACGAAGCUGCGUUCGUUAACUACGCCCGACAGUUGGUGUGUGAAGUCGCUGCUGUUGUAUGACGUAACGUCGGAUCUAAUGAUACGAAAAGUAUCAUUAACUGCGAUCGGUGAACGCGAUCGGGUAUUGCACUUGACUGCGGCCAGUUCCAAUUCCUCGCGACCGUUACUCGAGAUAAUCAAGGCCUCGGGGCAGAUACCUUAUGGGCGUUUGAAUUAUGCGCCGAAUAAAGGCUCGAUGCUGAUGUCGGAUGGCUGUAGUGAGCAUUCACAGCGGAACGCGAAGACGCGAAAGAGACGGCUGGCGGGUGAGCGAGACAGCACGAGGCAGCCACAUGGCAGC